AGCUGAUGUUAAAUGGAUAAAUAAAUAUAUUUUGAAUAUGAUUGAAAUUAAGGCCAAAUUGGUGCGUGCCGACUCGGCCAUCUAUGCCACAGGCGAACGCGUCGAGUGUUUGAUUGAAUUCACCCACAAAGUCUUUGCCGACGAGCAGCCGCCGUCCAAUAGGAAUGCCAACGAUGCAGGGCUGGAGAACCUUGCCUGGGCCUCGGCACAGCUCCACUGUUACCGAAAGACCAGCUACUCCACACCCACAGCGGACAAGACGCAAGAGCUGACCGAGCUCAUAGGAAGAACCGCCUUGGAUGCAGUGACCCAGGCGCCCGGAGAGGUAAUUGUGGCCACCAAACCGAAGAUACUGUUCUGCGACCUAAAGCUGCAGCCCGGCGAGACCAAGAUAUAUUUCUUCAAUGAAUUUGUGCCACGCGAUGGUCCUCCCACAUAUCGUGGCCACGACAUCAGAUACUUCUACAAGAUCACCAUAGCCACGCAGCGGGUCAAGUCCAAGGUGCAGACACUUGCCGUGCCCAUCCGUGUGCUACCCAUUCCCAUUAUUGCCCGCCCGGAUGAGCUCCCCGUGACGGUCGAAACCAACGAGGAGCUGGCGCCCACCAAUCCCUUCCUGGAGAAGCGUGAGAUCAGCGAAUUGGAGAUAUCCUGGCAUCAUCUAAAGAAUGUGACUGCCCGUCGUGCUCCAAAGUUCUAUCGCAUUUCGAACAAACGAGGAUUCGUGGGCCGCUUUUGCCUUUUCAAGCCCGCCUACAAGUUGGGCGAGGACAUAGUGGGGAGCCUGGACUUUGAUGGCUGCCAGGUGCGCUGCGUUCAGUUCUCCGUGAAGCUGCAGCAGCAGGAGCUGCCCAUCCGGCCACAGCCGCCACAGGCGCUGCAGUCGCAGUCGUCUGUCGGGGACGAUGCCUCCUCCAUCCAAUCCUUCGACAUGGCCAGCAUAGCCAGCGGCGUGGCGGUGGACAGUUUGCACAGAUCGGCCACUUCGGGCAGUGCCCGGGAAAAGGACACGCCCGAGCCCACAGGCAAGCUCUCGACCAUCUCCAACACGCAUCAGGUGUGCUACGCCACACAACAGUCGCAGGUGGUGGUGCCCAUUCCCCUGCACGUGACGCCCACAUUCAGCACGGAUCUCGUCGAUGUCAAGUGGCGUCUGCACUUCGAAUUUGUGACCAGCACGAUGAUGGACUUCGGUGGCCCCAAUCCAGAGUCCGGGGAGCUGAAGGCGCCCGCCGAAAUGCCCGUGGAGACGAUGGUGUGGAAUCUGCCGGUGACGAUCUAUGCGGCCAACCCGCUGCAGAUCUACAACCCAAAUCAGACAUUCAAUCUAUUAAUUAAGUAAAGGCCAAGCCAUCUGUG